GAUGGCUGCUUAUUUACCAAACGAGAGCAGCAUGAUUUAACUAUGCACGAGAGGUUACUCCUUGAAACUGGCGACAAACUUUUAAAUUAGCCAUAGUUCCGCUAAAAUAGAGUAAAUGUGAACGCCAUACAGCAGCUUUACGGCUUACACCUUCCUGACAUUAUUAUUCAGGAGAACGUUUAAGUUAACACCCGCCGCCACGUAUAGUGUAAUGUUCCGCCAAUUAGAAUCAACCAGAAUGAGAUUCUCCUAUUCGGGGAGAGCUAGGCCUGUCAAUCAAGUUGAUCCUACUAAUGGUUACGCCUACUUUUCUUCCGACGUGGAGUUGCGUCGCUGCCACGAGACAUCCUCACCACUUAGCGGUGUUUAAAAAAUAAACUUCUGGUGUUUUACUUUCUGGCGUGACCACGCCCUCUUUUCCAGGUAUUUUGUUUCUCUGAUUUUGUCCUGUGCUAAAUGUGUGCAAAACUCCACCAGCAGGUUUGACAGCAUCUUGCGUGCAGACAGCAGACACACAGGGAACACAAAAAUGGAGAAGUGGGGCAAGUCGGCUACUGUCACUUACAAGCGUUGGCGAAGUCCCAAUCACUGUACAGAGGGAAAUAAUGUGGAACCUAAAGGUGAAUCCUCUAGUGCAGACAAGGACAUUUGCUCUAUAAACUUCAACCCCGGAUGCAGAAAGUCUUCAUUCUCCUCCAAUACAACUGAAGAAACAUUCACGCUUGAUGCAGCGCUGGAUGCUAUCGGCUUUGGAUGGUUCCAGUGGAAAAUGUUACUUCUCACCGGUUUUUCCUGGGUGGCCGAUGCCAUGGAGAUGAUGAUCCUCAGCAUUCUUGGCCCGCAGUUACAUUGUGAGUGGAGGCUGCCCAGCUAUCAAGUGGCCUUCAUUACAUCGGUGGUAUUCAUUGGAAUGGCCUUCAGUUCCUCAUUAUGGGGCAACUGGUCGGACAAGUACGGCAGGAAAAAGGUGCUGACCAUUUGUAUGUGCUGGACUCUUUACUACAGCCUACUGAGUGCCUUCGCUCCUGGGUAUGGGUGGCUCUUGGUGUUACGAGGUCUCGUAGGCUUCGGCAUCGGAGGAGCACCUCAAUCAGUGACGCUGUACUCAGAAUUGCUUCCUUCGAAGGCGAGAGGCAUCUCCGUCACCCUGAUAUCGGCAUUCUGGUCUCUGGGCUGCGUCUUUGAAGUCCUCCUUGCCUUGUGGAUCAUGCCAGCUCUUGGCUGGCGGUGGUUGCUGAUCCUGUCUGCUGCACCGUUGGCCAUUUUUAUUUGCUUUUGCUUCUGCUUGCCGGAAAGUCCUCGUUUUGACCUGCUGAACGGAAACAGAGCAAAAGCCAUGGCGACGUUGCAGUACAUGGCUCAAGAAAACGGCAAGGCCCUACCGCGAGGGACGAUGGUCUGUAACAUUCAUAAUAAACAUGGGCGGCUCAGAGACCUCUUUACACCACAGUACUACAAAACUACACUUCUCCUCUGGUUCCUAUGGUUUUCCUAUGCCUUUAUCUACUACGGGAUAAUCCUGCUGACAACAGAGAUGUUCCAAGCUGGAGAUUCAUGUGGAGCGACACAAGAGGCUAAAGUUGAACCAAGCUGUAGUCUGGAAUGCAAGUUGUUGACCUCAGUGGACUACAAAGCCUUUUUAUGGACAACCUUGGCUGAAUUCCCAGGUCUUAUAGUUAUUCUGGGGGCAGUGGACUGCUUGGGCAGGAAGAAGACCAUGGCACUCUCCUUCUUCAUGUUCUUUUUAAGCAUCCUAACUUUAUAUGCUUGUAUUGGCAGGGUAGCGCUCACACUCUUCAUCUUCAUUGCUAGGGCCUUCAUCUCUGGAGGCUUCCAAGUGGUUUUUGUUUACACACCAGAGGUGUUCCCAACAGAGACCAGAGCUUUAGCCAUGGGCUUUUCCAGCGCGUUCUCCAAGUUGGGCGCCCUGAUCACCCCCUUUGUGGCACAGGUGCUGCUCAGACAGUCGGUGUACUUGACCCUGGCCGUGUACUGUGGCUGCUCUCUGCUGGCUGGCAUCGUGUCCCUGCUCCUUCCGAUCGAGACCAUAGGAAGGGCCCUUCAGGAGUCCAAACAGGAAGGGAUCUGAUGCUCAGGUCAGCCACCCAGGCACAAAGGUGGACACCAAGGGGGCCCGAUGAAAGCAGGACUGCUGGGGACGACAUUUCAUGCUGCUCAGAAAAGAUGGACUGAAUCAAAUCGAGUGAUGAUGAGUGAAGAGAGGCACAGUGGAACCUCGGUUUUCACACGCCCCAGUUGAUGCAGAAUUCGGGUUUUGACAAAAAAUUCUUGGAAAAAUACGUCUCGGUUAUCGUAUGGCCAAAUAGUGCCCAAACAAAGCACCCAUGCGUUGCUGACUCAGACUCUGUGAAAAAUGGAAGUUGUUCUUUUAGAGUUGGGACGCUAGUCAGAUUCCAGGCAGGGGGUUCCUUAAUCAUCUUUUUUAUGUGUGCGUGAGAGGUUUAUUUGUUCAUAGAACACUCACAGAACAAUUAACAACUCAGUUUCUGUCUCCUUUGUUUCUCCUAAUAAGCACAGUGCUCAUUGUGCUCGCACUUUGUUUUUUCCUUAUAGCUGCAAAAUAACCUACGACGACACCAAAGAAAGUUGCACGUGCCAGAACUUUGAUAAAGAACGAGAGAAAUUAUUGAAUUAAAAAAAGAACGAAAAUACCAGGGUAGCAUCUGUUACAAUAGGAUUGUAAUAUAAUUUAAAGGAAGGAACCUUAAACACUUGUUCCAGGGGGAAAGGUUUAAAGGAGACACAUAAUAGAUAGUGGGCCGGGCCGGUGUGUGUGUGUAAUGAUUGUACCUACUGCUGAAGUUUACAAUGUCCACUCAUUCAAGUUGAGUUUGUGAUGGACCAAAACAGCGUCCGCGUGGAUCUUCCAUGCCCUCCAUAUUUCCUCCUUCGGUUUUUGCACGUUUCGGUUUUUGUUUUUGGAAGGUUUUAAUGAGGAAAACCGAGGUUCCACUGUAUCUCUUUCAGGUCAAGACGGGUUAAUGGAGGAAAAGCCUGCAAGUGCUAUUCGAGCCAAUAGUCACAAGUGGGGUAAAAGUAUUUAUUUGUUAAAACGUGCAGUUUUUUCAUUAAAGUCAUUCAAUCUGCUCUAAAAUCUCACUCACUCUAUAUUAGAAUCCAGAAAAUCUGGAAAUUGGCACUGGGAGGUAGAGGGAUGAUCAGUUGCUUUUAAAGUUAUAAUAUAUACAGCAUAUAAAAUGUAUAUUUCUGUCAGUGGCAGGCAGUGCAUUUGGUACCUGAGCCUUCAAUGGCGACUUAAACGACUUACGCCACCUCUUAACACCGCCAUUGUCAUGUCGCAAUUAUACAAACUAAUAAUACACAAAUGCAAUAUUACAAGGUGUGGCAUUGGAGAGAGGCAUUUGGCUUGUUGGGGAUGAAUACAUUUAUUGCUAAAGCACAAACCCAGUUAACAGUAUACAACAGGUUAUCUUGCAAUUCACUUUACCUGUGUUCCAUUCACUUCAAGGAGGCUAACCGUCAUCGUGAUAGUACUGUGCAGAUGAAAAAUGGGAAAUGUUAUGUUAUUUUGAAAUGUAUUGUUGGUAAGUUUUUUUUGUUACUGUAAUGGCUGUGAAUGUGAAGAAAAGGCACUGCUUUUUGUGAAUCAAAUAAAAUAAAUCUUCUGACAGGCCAUUAUAUUCUGUU